AUGGCGAAUAUUACCGCUACCACGUGCGACUUUGGACUUGCACUCACAGAGGAAGGAUGCGUGCGGACACUUGCGUCGUACGAUCCAGACGCUUACCAUACAGUGCAGGCCGUCUAUUUAUGUCUUGGUGGGAUCAGCGUCGCAGCUAGUGUACUUCUCUACGUUCGGUCGGUAAAACACGAGGGUGCACUGCUCCAGCAAUACAGCUUUCUAUUCUGCUGUUAUGGCGCUGUAACUUUGGUCAUCCGUGGGGCAGAUCCUUCCAGUUACGGUUAUGUUAUCCCGCGUCCGAUAAGCUGUUUUCUUGCCGAUACGUGCACUGCCGCUCUUUACUCCGUGUACAUCAUGGCUCUCGGGUAUUGGGCUACUAUUAUCCAGCGUGGUGCAGCAGUUACUGGAAAACCACCGCACUUGGUCUGUUUGGAAAGCUUAGCUAUUGCUAUAGUCUGGACUUUUCAGAUAAUGUACGAUAUGUGUCUCUUUCUGUCCAAGGGAUUUAAUCCGCAAGGUCUGGUGUACAUGCAGCUCACCGUGAGUGCCUGUAUGCUGGGCAUCAUAAGCACCGUCUUCUUGAUUUACGGUCUACGUGUACUUAAUCGUUUGCGACAAUUCGAGAGGCAGCUAAAGUUGCGCAUGCCAAGCGUGCAUUCCGAUCGCAUGAUGUCGAAUCGGUCUUUUGAUUUAAAUAUGAGUGACGACGAAGAUUGCGAAGACAAUGCGCGAACGCGCAAAUUGUGUCCUCGUCCACAAGAGGGUCACGCCACCAAGAUCAAGAAAAUUUUACUGGUUGUUGAAUCGUGCUCGCUUAUUGUUGUAGCUGCUCAAAUGUACAUGGCGAUUGCCCGCACCAAUGACACUCCUGUCGAGCUGUUAUGUGCGAAUGGCCAAAUGUGCGAGUCCGUGUCCUGCUCGGUGAAUGUGCUUCAUAUCUUUCAGGUUAUGUGCAUCUGGGUGAUUCUCUGGACAUUUCGAAAAAUCCAAAAGAAAGCUGUUGUCCCUAGGCCCGCUUAA